UGAAAUUCUAAUCAGCUGUUGAGUUCUGUCGUCUGCUGCUAGCCAUCGAGAAUGUCGAGUGAUACACUAUAGCAAACUAGGAGCUGAAAGAUAAAAUUAAAAUUUAAAAGAUGUUUCAAGAAACAUCCCAGUGACUUAUCCCAGAUUUAAAGGCAAAAUUUCAAGAUUAAAAAAAGGACAUAUUUCAGUACAAAGAAAAAACUCAAUCAUGGCCACAAUAUUAAAAACACUCAAGAAGGUUGGACAACAAUACCCAAUUGUACGUGGGAUGGCCACUUACUCUGUGUUAUGGCCUACCUCCAACCUGGUGCAGCAGUCUAUGGACAAAACGAGAGAUAAAUAUGACAUCAUGGAGACUCUAAGAUACUUGGUUCUGGGCACAUUUGUCACUGCUCCAACUGUUCAUGUCUGGGUGAAGCUUGCUAGCAAAAUUAUUAAGGGCAACACCCUGAAGCAUGCUGUUCUCAAGGCUGGCCUGGAGCAGGUGUUGUUUGCUCCAGUGGGACAAACACAGUUCUAUCUGGGCAUCACCCUUUUAGAGGGCCGGCCAUGGAAUGAAUGUGUGCAGGAGUGGAAGCAAAAAUUAAUUCCAACUUGGAAGGUUGCAGUUUGCUUCUGGCCAGUAGUGCAAACUUUCAACUUUGCUUAUGUGGCUGAAAAGAAUCGGGUGGUGGUGGUGUCUGUAGCAUCCUUCAUGUGGACCAUCUUCCUGUCGUACAUGCACCACAUGCAGCAAGAUUCACUGCCAGGAUUCUUGCACAAAAAAAUAUCCAGAGAACAGACAAAUCAUGAGGAAUAAAUUGAAAUUAAGAGCCAAAUUACCUGUGAAUAGCAGUCUUGUUUACUAUUAAUUUGUAUAUCUAUAUAUAGAAAUAAAUUCUGUAUGUAAAAAUGUAAAAUAAAGUAAUAUUUUAUGGCACUAUAAGGAAUCAUGAUUAACACAGAUGAUACUUAAGUAGUAUUUUCUACUAUUAUAUGUCUACUAUGGCAAUAAAGCCACUAUGACAGGUCUCGUUCUCAGGAAUGAAAAAUCAUAAAUGGUUUUGAAUGUUUAAAGAAUUUCUUUGUAACAAUUCUUGUCAUUGAGGUAAUUAGCUACAGUGAUGGUAAAGAGGUAUUUUUAAUAAAAAAUAAAUAAAAUC